AUGUAUUUAUUUUAUUCCUUCCUUAGAAGCAAAAAGAAGGUUCUUGGCGUCGCCGCCUCGUUCGCAGGCCAGAUUGGAAGCAAAAGCAUUGGAGCCCGAGAGGCAGAGCUUUUUCUCCUGUCCUGCCCUGGUGUCUUCUCUCUCUCCAUCUCACAGCUUUCCUGUUACCUCGCCUCUAUCUGUCCCAAGCCAGCUUCAAACAACCUCUCAUACAGGAUACAGGAGACGUCAAACGAGGAACAAAGAGCUAAGCUGCCUUCUGACCAUGUCUUCAUCGCUGCUCUCCCGCUCGGCUCGUCUGGGCCUGGCCCGUCAGCCGUUGGCCGGCAACGCCAUCCGAUACAGAGCUCUGUCCAGCUUCAGGGCACCCACCAUCGCCAACGAACCCAAUGUAAGAACCCAAUUGAUCUGGGGGAUGCAGCCCUGGAGUCGCUCAAGGCCUCUCUCCCCGUCCAGGUUCCCUACCACUUCAAAGAUUCCUCUUCUGCCACCGCCGAUGUCCAGCGCAACCCCUCCGCCCACGCUGAAACUGUCGCCAAAUACUUCAAUGCCACUGAGGCGGACGUCUCGCGCAUGAUCGAGGAUGCACUCAAGGCCAAACCAGCUUGGGAGAGCCUUCCCUUCGCUGACCGAGCUUCCGUCUUCCUCAAGGCCGCUGACCUGGUGGCGGGGAAAUACCGCUACGAGAUCAUGGCAGCCACCAUGUUGGGCCAGGGCAAGAAUGCAUGGCAAGCCGAGAUCGACGCCGCUGCAGAGUUGGCCGACUUCCUCCGUUUCAACGUACAGUAUGCCGAGGAGCUGUAUGCUCAGCAGCCAGAGCACCAUGCACCAGGUGUGUGGAACCGAAGCGAGUACCGCCCCCUCGAAGGGUUUGUCUAUGCAAUUUCACCCUUCAACUUCACUGCCAUCGGAGGUAACCUGGCUGGAGCACCUGCACUGAUGGGCAAUGUUGUCCUAUGGAAGCCCAGCCCGCAUGCCGUCUACGCCAAUUAUCUGACGCAUAAGAUCCUGCUCGAGGCCGGUCUGCCCAAGGAUGUGAUCCAGUUUGUGCCCGGAGAUGCCCAGAUGGUAACCAAGGUCGCUCUUGCCCACCGCGACUUUGCCGGCCUACACUACACCGGUAGUACUGCUGUCUUCCGCGAGCUAUAUGGUAAAAUUGGCCAGGGAAUCGCUGCAGGCACCUACCGCAGCUACCCUCGCGUCGUGGGUGAGACCGGCGGCAAGAACUUCCACCUUAUCCAUAGCUCUGCCGAUAUCCAUAGUGCCGCUAUCAACACCGUCCGGGGCGCGUUUGAGUUCCAGGGACAAAAGUGUAGUGCCACCUCUCGCGUCUAUGUGCCGCAGAGCCGCUGGACUGAAUUCCGGGACAUCCUGGUCCGCGAGACUGAGAAGCUGAAGAUGGGCCCACCAGAGGAGUUUGCUAACUUCAUUGGCCCCGUUAUCCACGAGGCUUCUUUUGACAAGCUGGCCGGCGUCAUCGAUGCGGCUAAACAGGACUCCGGCGUUAAGCUGCUGGCUGGCGGCAACCACGACAAGAAGCAGGGAUAUUAUGUGCAGCCAACCGUGCUGCAGGUCAGCGACGCCGAGCACGAGCUGAUGAAGAAAGAGUUCUUUGGCCCCGUGCUGGCCGUGUACGUCUACGAUGACGCUGCUGGCGAGAGCGCGUUUAGAGAGAUGUGCAGCCUGAUCGACCGAACGACUGAUUACGGACUGACAGGCGCGGUGUUUGCACAGGACCGCAACGUACUCCGAUUGGCUGAAGACGCGCUGCGCCACUCGGCCGGUAACUUCUAUCUCAACGUCAAGAGCACCGGCGCCGUGGUCGGGCAACAGGCCUUUGGCGGCGCCCGGGCGAGCGGCACCAACGACAAGGCCGGCAGCGCCAACCUGCUCACCCGCUUCGUCAACAUCCGCUCCAUCAAGGAAGACUUCCUCGGCUGUUCAGAGGUCGAGUAUCCCAGCAACAAAUAA